AACGAGAAGUACAAACUGAGAAAAGUACUAGAUGAGAUCAACGACAAGCAAAUUACAUUCGCACCACAAGGCAGGGAACUAGUUUUUCCUUUUACCAUUGUGAUAAUUGCAUAAAAUCAGAGAACACAUGGUCUUACAAAAGAAACAACAGAAGCUCUGUUUCACUAGGAGUGCCCGCCAAACAAGAUAAAGCCAAAAGGACAGAACCGACAACAGCAAGUGAGCGGUCUCACAAACUACUACAACAGUUGUGGGAGGAUACAAAGACCAUAAAGACAGAGGCUUGACCCCUCCACGAGGGAGCUGAAGAAGUGCGUGCAGUUUUUCCACCUGAUGAAUGAUUCAGGGGUUGAAUACAGCUUGUGGAGGUUGAACAAGGUCGUGGAGGCUCUGUGUCGAGAUGUGCUCAUGGAGGAGGCCAAGUACGUGACUUUGAAGCUUAACGACACCAUUCCCCCAGAUGGGUUCACUUACGGGUGCCUGAUUAAAGGAUUUUGCGACAUCGGUGACAUGAUUGAAGCGUCAAAGGUCUGGAAUUUAAUGGUGGAGGAUGGGUUCGAUCCGGAGAUCCAAGUGUUCGAGAAAAUGAUGAAGACGUUCUUCAAAAAGAAAGAGGACACUGAAGCCGUGAAAGUGUUCCAAACCCUACGAGUUAACAGGAUGGAAGAACUAGGACUCUCGACUUACAACCUCGUCAUUUCAUGGUUCUGCAAGAAGGGCAAGCUCAGCCAAGCACAACAACUGUUCGACGAAAUGCGGCAGAGAGGAAUUCAACCCGAUUGCGCAACGUUGGGAUCCCUUCUCUUCGGGAUGUCAUCAAGAGGCCAAGUGAACGAGGCCCAGAGAGUGCUGCAACAGAUCGAGAAACCGGACAUAGCCAUCUACCACGGACUGAUCAAAGGGCUGCUGAGCUCGAAAAGACCCAGAGAAGCAACAGAAGUCUUCAGGGAGAUGAUAAACAGAGGCUGUGAGCCCAUAAUGCAUACGUACGUGAUGCUGCUGCAAGGCCACUUGGGGAAGAGAGGGCGGAAGGGUCCCGACUCCACUGUGAACUUCGACACCAUUUUCGUUGGCGGGUUGGUGAAAGCUGGGAAGUCGCUGGAAGCUACCAAGUAUGUUGAGAGGAUACUGAAUGGCGGGAUGGAAGUUCCGAGGUUUGAUUACAACAAGUUUCUCCACUACUUCUCCAACGAGGAAGGAGUUGUUCUGUUCUUGGAGACGGCGAAGAAGUUGAGGGAGGUUGGAUUGGUUGAUUUGGCUGAUGUGCUUUGGAGGUAUGGGGAGAAAAUGGCCACUAGAGAUAGGCAAAGGAACAGAGAGGGUUAACUUGUUCUAAAACAAAGAGUUCACUUUUGUUUAGGUUUUAAAAUCGAGGAAUUUUGUUGAGAGAUCUACCUAUUUAUCAUUUUUCAACGCAUUUCUUUAAACAAAGAUUUCACUUUUCUAUGGUAAACUAGUUUCUUACUCGACCCGUUGACCGGAGAGAUUUAUUUUAUAAUUUAUAUUAAUUAACUUAUUUAUAUGAUUAAAUCAUUUUGGAUCUUUUAAUUAUUUUGUGUUCUUAUUCAUAACAAAGUUUUUAGUAUGUU